GCAAAGUUUGUGUAUAAAACAGUAUAGGCGGUCAAACUGGUGGAUUGUUUGACUUAUAGGGGAAUAGCAACUAUGGCAACGUGCUCAGCUUGUCAGGCAAAUCGGUUGGGUCGUACCUUAUGUUUAUUUACGAAAAACUAUGUUUGGAGGCAACCGUCGACGAAUCGAUAUUACGGUUCACGCAUACAACUUGUUAAAACACACGCCCCAGUGACAGUGCUGAAGAACGAUGACUCGGUAGCUCUACGUGUUGUUUCACGCAAGAGAGGUCGAAAUAUUCUGGAGAGACCGGGUGUGAUAAGACCAGAAGAAAUGAACAGAGAACAACUUGUACAGUAUCUUAAAUCACAGAUUGUUUAUGACGAAGAUGGUGUUCUUGCUCUAAACAAACCAGCUGGCCUGGGAGUGCACUCACAGCGUGAAGACUUGGAUACAGCUGAUCACCAAUGGAGUCUUCUCGAAGUCCUGCCAGAUUUGAAGCAUCAGAUCGGGGAGAAACAUUUACAGUUUGUCAAAGCACCUGAAAAAGAUUGUUCUGGUGUGACAUUGUUAGCGAAGACGCCCGAGAUUGCAGCUGAUAUUGAUCGAUCGUUAAAAGAAGCCAGAUUACGGCAGGUGUUCACCAGAGUCUUUUGGGCAGUAACAGUUGGUGUACCAUCUCCGCUCAGUGGAUUGAUAAAAGUACCAGUAACCAAUGAGGUGGUAGACGAUGAGCAUCAGGUUUCUCCUGUGAAAGACAGUUCAAAGAGAAGUUAUAAAAUGAGGAACACAAGGAAACUGCUAACUAAAUACAGAGUUAUUAGUGAAAGCAACCAGUGUGCACUAGUGGAGUUGAUGCCCUUGAAAGCAUAUAAGGACCAACUAAGAGUUCACAUGACAACUAAGCUCUGUCGUAUCCUAGGAGACCAUGUGUAUUCCUCUCGCAUUCAAACAAUACUGGGAAUUCCUGUUUUGAUUGAUGCACGGAAUGCUAUGCCCGGAACUCAGGUUCUAUCUGAAGAAGUAAGACACAGAAUGAACUUAACCUCUGCAGUGAUAGACAGCAUACCACUCCACUUACACUGCGUUGCCAUGACACUGCCCAGCUGGAAGAAGAAAGAAGACCUCAUAAUCUCAGCUCCUUUACCAAAAUACUUCUGGAAGACACUGAAGCUAUUGGACAUUGAACACCCUCAAAUUUCUUCUGAACUGUUUCGUUGAUUUAGGAAGGUGGUGGCAGCAAUAUAUGCAAGAUGAUUUCCCACAAAGUGUCUGAACUCAUGUCCUUUUAGACCAAUAAAAUUAAUAAUUUUCA